ACCACCUGCGAGAGAACAAAGCAAUAAGAGAGAGAAAAAAAGAACAACCUCGUAUCUUUCGUUGCAUUGUCUUCAGCUUUUUUUUUUUUUUUUUCAAAUUGAUUUCUGUUUUUUUGUUUUUUGGUUUCUUCUUUGUGAGGAGAGGGAAAAUUGGGUUUCUCUCUUUUUGAACUGUGAUAAUUUAUUUGAUUUUUUUUGGGUGGGAAUUGAGGAUAUUAGGGUUUAGGUUUUUGGGUUGUGAGUGAAUUUAGUAACCAUGAAUAUGAUGAGAAGACUCAAGAGCAUUGCUUCUGGAAGAACUUCUAUUUCUUCAGAUCCUGGAGGGGAUUCUAAUUCGAAAAGAGUUAAGCUUGAUCAAGAAACUGAAAAGGCUUAUGAAGGGACAAAUACAUUAGACAGAAAUGAUCGGGAGCAGCGUGUGGAUUCGUCAAAUGAAGCAACAGUUGGUACAUCCAAUGAAGUAUCUGCAAUAACUAAAACUGAGAAGAAGUCGGGUUUUGAUGAACUUCCAAAAGAGUUACAUGAAAUGAAAAUUAGAGAUGAGAAAAGCAAAAACAACAAUGAAAAGGAUAUAGAAGCAACUACAGUGAGUGGCAAUGGAACAGAAACAGGUCAAAUUAUUACAACCACUAUUGCUGGUCGAGAUGGACAACCGAAACAGACAAUCUCAUACAUGGCCGAACGCGUAGUUGGGACCGGCUCUUUUGGCGUUGUUUUUCAGGCCAAGUGCCUUGAAACCAAUGAAGCAGUUGCGAUAAAAAAGGUGCUGCAAGACAAGAGAUAUAAGAAUAGGGAACUCCAGGUUAUGCGCAUGGUUGACCAUCCGAACAUUGUUAAGUUGAAGCACUGUUUCUAUUCAACAACUGAGAAAGAUGAAUUGUACCUUAACCUUGUUUUGGAAUAUGUACCUGAAACUGUUUACAAAGUUUCAAAGAACUAUAUUCGGAUGCACCAACAUAUGCCUAUCAUUCACGUGCAACUGUAUACAUACCAGAUUUUACGUGGAUUAAAUUAUUUACAUGAAGUGAUCGGCGUCUGUCAUCGAGACAUCAAACCUCAGAACCUAUUGGUCAAUGCACAGACACAUCAGUUAAAGAUAUGUGAUUUCGGGAGUGCAAAGAUGUUGGUGCCUGGUGAACCCAACAUAUCAUACAUUUGUUCUAGAUAUUAUAGAGCUCCCGAACUAAUAUUUGGAGCAACUGAAUACACGACUGCUAUUGAUAUGUGGUCUGUCGGUUGUGUUUUGGCUGAGCUCCUUCUAGGACAGGCAAUGUUUCCUGGAGAGAGUGGGGUUGAUCAGCUAGUGGAGAUUAUCAAGGUAUUGGGAACGCCAACAAGAGAAGAAAUAAGGUGCAUGAAUCCAAACUACAAUGAAUUUAAGUUCCCUCAGAUUAAAGCGCACCCGUGGCACAAGCUUUUUCACAAGAGAAUGCCAUCUGAAGCAGUGGAUUUAGUUUCAAGGUUGCUUCAGUAUUCACCACAUCUACGUUGCACUGCUUUAGCUGCAUGUGCACAUCCGUUUUUCAACGAUCUGCGAGACCCAAAUGCAAGCUUGCCAAAUGGACAACCACUACCUCCUUUGUUCAACUUCACACCGCAAGAACUCGUAAAUGCACCUGAAGAUUUGCGUCAACGUCUCAUUCCCGAACAUGCAAGGAGUUAAAUUGAUGAAUUCAGUCACUGUAAUAUCUAUAAGGGUAUUGUAAAUUGGUUUUAAAUGACUUGAAUACCCUCAGACGCCUUCAAUGCUUCCUGCCCGUCAAAGUCUUUUGUCCAGCCUUCACCAUUGUGACUAUAUAACUCAUAAAGUGAAGACAAUCAAAAUCAAGACAAUGAAGACAUGUAGGUGACAAUAGCAUGGAUAAAGUGACACUUUACCUGUUGUUGUAAGUGUUUGGAUUGUAAACCCCUUUGUAGUAGUAGUUUAUGAUUAUUUAUGUUUAGGUUCUGAAAGAUAGCGACUUCUAACAAUUAUGUAAUUAUGUUUCUAUAUAGUUCAAGUUCGUUUAUUCCUUAAAAUGAAACCUAGAUUGAUUUUCAAUUUAGUUGGCACCACUUUUCUACGAAUCCUUUAUUCAUUUAUAUUUACCAAAAACAACGAUAAUAUAUUCUUUAUAUUUGCCUCUGAUGUUUGGUUGUAAUGGAUUUAACUUGUGGAUUGGCGUA